CCUCCCGGAAACAGGAAGUGCCGUUCCCGGAAGUCCGCCCCUCCGCGGCAGGCGGUACCGGGAGGUGAAGGGUCGGUAAAUAUUGGUGACGUCACGCCGCCAAGAUGGCUUACGGGGAGGACGGCGGCUGGUGGCGGAGCUGGCUGCAGCAGAGUUACCAGGCCGUCAAGGAGAAGUCCACAGAAGCUUUGGAAUUCAUGAAGCGGGACCUGGCUGAGUUCACGCAAGUUGUGCAGCACGACACAGCCUGCACCAUCGCUGCUACGGCCAGCGUGGUCAAGGACAAACUGGCAAGGACGGAAGCUUCCGGUGCGACUGAAAAGGUGAGGAAGGGAAUCUCUGACUUCCUGGGUGUCAUCUCGGACACUUUUGCUCCCUCACCAGACAAGACCAUCGACUGCGAUGUCAUAACAUUGAUGGCAACACCCACAGGUACCACAGAGCCCUAUGACAGUGUGAAGGCUCGCCUCUACAGCCUCCAGUCAGACCCAGCCACCUACUGCAAUGAACCUGAUGGCCCUGCUGAGCUUCUUGAAGCCUGGCUUUCCCAGUUUAGAUUGGAAGAGAAGAAAGGGGAGAUCGCAGAAUUGCUGGCAACCAGCCCUUCCAUCCGAGCUCUCUACACUAAAAUGGUCCCUGCGGCUGUCUCCCAUUUGGAGUUCUGGCAACGCUACUUCUAUAAAGUGCAUCGCCUGGAGCAGGAUGAAGUCCGGAGGGAGGCUCUGAAGCAGCGCGCGGAGCAGAGCAUUCACCAAGAGGAGCCAGGCUGGGAAGAGGAUGAAGAGGAAUUCCUGGGGAUGUCACCCCUGCCUUGUGCAAACGUGAAAUUUCCACAAGCAGCAGAGAAAGCAUCGGCUCCUGCAGCCCUGGAGGGAAGCCACCCCUCUGUUCUUAAGGGACCCUCGGAGGAAAGCUGGGCCAUCCUCCCUCCUGAGCUGGCCCCAGCAGAGGGGAGCCCCUCUGAGAGCAGCGAGAGCGUCUCCCUUGUGACUCAGAUUGCAAACCCUGCCACAGUGCCUGCUGUGCAGCUACAAACUGGAGCGCAGCCAUCUGGGGACAGAGAGCUCUCCCAGAGGCUGCUGGAGGCCACCUCCGAGGAGCAGAGCCAGCUGCCAAAGCCCCCUGAGCCGGGGUGUCCCUCUGUGCCUGCCCAGGAGCCAGCAGCGUGCUCAGAGCAACCGGCUGGGACUGGGCCCAAAGAGGUGGAGAGCAAAGCCCAAGGCAGGACAGAGACUCUGAAAGAGGAAGGACCAACUGAUCUCCGGAUCUUUGAGCUGAACUCUGACAGUGGGAAAUCCACCCCUUCCAACAACGGCAAGAAAGGUUCCAGCACUGAUAUCAGCGAGGACUGGGAAAAGGACUUUGAUUUGGAUAUGACUGAAGAGGAGGUGCAGCUGGCGCUGUCGAAGGUGGAGGUGUCUGGGGAGCUGGAAGAUGAAGAGUGGGAAGACUGGGAAUAAAGCAACAGCUUCCAGCUUACCACAGGCCCAUUUCCACCAUCGAAUGUGAAUUAAACCACAGACCGGCUAUUCCUUUGUGUGUAACUGUGCUGGGGGUUGCAGCUCGUGGCUGGAGGAGUUUUGCUCCUGCUAAAUCCUGUGGGCAACUCAAACGACCCCUUCGGACCCGGAGGAGGGGGGAAGAAGCAGGAAUUUGCUCGUACACUUAAAGCUACUGGGAGCUCGUCUGCUCUGCAGGUCAGAUAGAGCGGCGAGGCCAAAACUGACCCCCAGGAGUGUCUGGUGGUGGCAGGGUGCAAUGCGGUGAGGGCUGAGUGGGCGCGUGGGCAGCUGGCAGGAUUGCUCGGUGCUGCCAGGCUGCUGUUGGGUCGCUGUGUGUGUGUGUAUCUGUGCAGCAGCUCAGAGCUUCCCGGGUGCUGCUCCCAAUCUCUCUGAGCUGCCGGCCCAUUGUCCCCAAUGUGUGUUGUGGCUGGGGCUGGGGGUGCUGCAGCAGGAAUCCCAUCUGCUGUCACACUCGUUGCUGCAAUGGAAGGCGGUUGGCUUUUGGCUUUGGCCCGGAGCUGUGCUGUGCUGGAAGGAGCUGAACUCCCUGCCAAACCCUGCGCUUCUGCCUGGCUUCUUGUCUCGGAAGCUUCUUCUAAUGGAAACUCACGUUGUCCCUCUGCAGCUACAACAGCUGAUCUGCCUUUCUCUACUUCAUUUUGUGUACUUCUAGUUACUUUCUCCAAGCUGAGCGCUCCUGGCUUGUUCUUCCCUGAGCUCUUUCUGGUUGGGCGGUGCUUUGGCUCAGCCUGGAGCAGCACCGAGCUGCAGUGCUGCCCUUCACAGAGCUGCAGCCCACCCCGGGGCCACGGGCUGCCCUCAGCUCCUUUGGUUUCCUUCACUUGAGCUCCUGCAGCUGCUUGCAAUGCUCCCUUUGGACCCACCGCCCCUUUCUGGGGCAGUUCACUCUUAGUGUCAUGAAUUGCAGGUUGCCCUAAUGGGGCUGUUUGGCCUUUGGGGGGGUGGUUUUAUAUGUGCUACCUUUGCUCUUCUGCCCCUUCCUUGGCUGCUUCAUCUGAGCUGUGGGUUUUGUUUCUGGAUUGCGUUAGUGUAGGUGCUCUUGGAAAACUUGAUAUUCUCCCCCCCCAUUUGGGGACAUUCAGAUGUGGGGCUGCAGCUGCGGCUGCUCAGCACUGCGCUCCCUGGGCUCAGGGUGACCCAGGCUGGAUGUGGAGCUCUGGGCCGCGCUGCUCUCAUGUCUCCUGUUUUUCUUUAGUCCCACUGACCGUCUGGUUGUCUGUGCAAUAUUCUCUGUUUAUUCCGGAGCCUUUUGUAGCUGGGGUGGAAAACCAGGAACAAUUCUAACAUCUGUAGUUUUGUAACUUUCUCCAAACCUUUUACAGACUUGCAGUUAACAGCAAUUAAAGGAAUUCCGCACUCA